CGACAACAUACAUAUCACACUUGCACUCUUUUAUUUAGUCACUCUACUCUCAUUGCAUUCAUAUCCACCCAUUCUUAUUGCUAUCGUUUUGGUCUUACCAGCUCUCAGAAGCUCCUCCCAGCGAGUCCGCGGCCCAUGGCCAAGGCCUAGCCGCAUCCCAUCCAACACCUCUCUUAACGCUCAACCCAAACAAGCACAAAAGAAAGAUGGCAAAUCCCUUUAUCGAAAGACCUCUCGUUGACCGCCUCCUCGCCUCCCCGCUCGCCUUCUUCCUUCACCCAAUGCACAUCCUCCUGCUACGACUUCGCGGCGCUCCUCACAGCCCUUCCUCAACAACACGUCCAAUCCGAGUCGUUUGUAUCUCCGACACGCACACCCUCGAAUGGCACGACAUCCCCGAUGGCGACUUACUCAUUCAUGCGGGCGAUCUCAGCAAUGACGGCAGCGUACGCGAAAUCCAGGCUACAGUAAACUGGCUCAAGACAUUGCCGCAUCGACACAAGAUCGUAAUUGCGGGGAAUCAUGAUAGUUACUUCGACCCAAGGUCACGAUUAGACGAAGACCGGGAUACUGUAUCUUCCUCACUGGCGAAUAUAUCCGCCUCCACUGCAUCCAUACGCUCCGUCGACAUUGACAUUGACGAUUUCGACGGCGGCAGAAUCGAUUGGAGUUAUCACUCGCAAACCUCCGAAUAUGACUACCCCUCCUCCUUUGACUCGAAACCUCAAAACACCACCCACGAAGAAGCAGACGAAAAAGAAGACAUCCACUACCUCCAACACACAUCCAUAACCCUAACCUUCCCAGCACAGACACCGACCCAACGCUCCCGUACCCUCACCAUCUACGGCGCCCCUCAAAUCCCCACACCCAUGCCCAUGGGCCCCGAACACGCAUUUACCUACCCCCCGGCCCAAGAUGCAUGGACAAACACAAUACCCAUCGAAACCGAUAUAUUAGUUACCCACACCCCACCCUAUACGCAUCGCGACCUGGGCCCGAAUUUCAGCAUCGGUUGUCCGUUCUUAUUAAGCGAAGUAUGGCGCGUAAGGCCUAUAUUACAUGUCUUUGGCCAUGUACAUUUUGCCCAUGGUUCUGAGCCUGUGUUUUGGGAUGAGGCCCAGCGCGCCUGGGAACGGAUUUCGGGGCGAUGUUCUGCCAGACAGCGCCGUUUACAGCAACAAUCAGCGGGUAGUCUAUGGGCUGGGAGAUUGGGUGGAUUGUAUGAUUUGGUUACGCCGCGGAAUUGGAUUGAUGCAUUCAAAGUUUUGUUUUAUGGGGUUACAGGGAUUAUUUGGUCGAGGGUUUGGGGUGGACAGGUUAAUCGUGGGGCCGGGUGGAUGGUGAAUGCGGCUAUGAUGUAUAAGGAUACAGGGAUUUUGAGGAAUAAGCCGCAGUGUGUUGAGGAGCUGUAA